CCCCGGCCCGGGGGGCCCGGCCCGCCCUUGUGUUCCCACACCCACACCCCCCCCGUUUCUACCGGGCCGCCGCCCCCAUGGACAGGAACUACCCGGCCGCCGGUUUCGGGGACCCGUUGGCCGCUGGGCCCGGCUGGACCUACGAGCGCUCCGCUAAGGCCAGCCUGGUGUACGGGGGUUCACGGGCGUCGCACCCCGACCCCGACCUGCUGCACCGCCAGCCCUACGGCGCCCACCACCCGCUCCAGGGCUAUGCCGCCAACCACCACCCCGCAGGGCUGUCGGGGCUCUUUGAGACGGGGCUGCACCACGCGGGCGGCGCCGCGCCUGACGCCUCCGUCAUGAACCUCAUCUCGGCGCUGGAGUCGCGGGCACCGCAGCCCGGCCCCUCCGCGUCCUCCCUGCUCUCCCAGUUCCGCACCCCCUCCUGGCAAACUGCCAUGCACACGCCGGCCCCGGCCGAACUCUUCAUCUCCGGAGCCCUCCCAGGUUCGGGUACUUUCCCUUCGUCAUCGGCGCUCAGCGCUUACCAGCACCCGGCGUCGUUCAGCGGACGCAGUUUCCCCGUCAGUUCCCCGCUCAGCCUCCCCGACGCCGCGUUCAGCCCUGGUUCCAACGGGCUCCUGUCGCCCCACGAUCCCCUCCUCCACAUCAAACCCACCCAACCCAGCGUUCCGUCUUCUCUGGGUUUCGACCGACUCGGCAGCGCCGUUUUAGGAUCCGGUUUACCGGCGCAAAGUUCGGCGUAUCGAGGACCUCCCAGUUCGUCCCAGUUUAAUUUGUUAUCGGCGCCUCUCGCCGCGCCGACGGAACAACCGGCUCAGCUUUACAACGCCUCGGUUUUCGGAGGAGGAGGAGGAGGAGGAGGCGGCGGAGGCGAUCGAGCCGUACCGCGACAGGACAGCGUCAUCAAACACUACCAACGACCGGCGGGCGCGCAACCGCAGUUACCGCCGGCGGCGGCGCACAGUCUCCAGCACUACCUGAGCUGCGGCGGUACCUACCAACAAAUGCCGCACCGCGCCGCGCUCUCCUGUAGCCCUUUGGGCGAACAAUCGCCCGCCAGCUCCGAGGGUUCUCAACAACCCCCCAAAACCGCCGCGGCUCCGCGACCGGAACCGACGCAGAGUUACCGUCCCAUCAUCCAAUCGCCGGCGUAUUCCGGUAACGCAGCCGGUACUACCGGUAACGCCGGCGCCGGUAACGGCGCCGCUAAAUCUAAAAGUUAUUCGGCGUCUCGGCAGACCCCCCGUUCCACCGCCACCCCCAAAUGCCAAAGCAGUUACACCCCCAGCACCCCGAAACCCAGCUCCGUCAUCGCCAGCCAGUCCCCCGCUUAUUCUCCGGGCCAACCCCAAAAUUUACUCGCCAUGGGACCCGCCGCCGGUUACGGCACCAACCCCCCGGCGCCCCAAAAUUUAGGUGCCGCCGCUCAACCUCCCGCCGGUUUUACCGGAGGACAGGGAGGGGAUUUGGGGGGUAAAGCCCCCAGUUACCCCCCAGGGGGUCAAGGCGGGGGGCCGGGGGGUCAGGGCGGUCAGGGGUUACAACCGUGCGUCAGUCAAGGUCAAACCUAUUCCCCCGAACAGCUCCAGGCGUUACCGUACGGGGUACAACCGGAGGGGGGACAGGCGGCGGCGUACGGUCCCCCGGCCCCCUCGCAGGGUUUACCGACCGCCAGCCCCUCCCUCAGUUACAGCACCGGGCACUCGCCGGCGAUGCCGGCCCCCCCUUUGCCGUACGCAGGUUUGGGGGGGUCCAGCCCGUCGCCCAUCAUCCGCCCCCUUCAAUCCCCGCCGGCCGCUCGGCCGCAGAGCGGAGCGUCGCCGGGUCAAUCGCAAAAAUAUUUGGGGUCGGUUUUGUCGCCGUCUUUCAUGACGCCCAAUUACGGGGGGGGGCCGGGGGGUUUGGAACGUCCCCCGGCUUUCGGCAAAGGGGGGAAAGGCGACGCCGAGCUGUUGGCGGCCGAACGUAGCGAGGACGAGGAUUUUCUCAUCCAACAUCUCCUGCAAGCCCCCAGCCCCCCCCGCGGGCCGGCCGAGGGGUUGGGGGCCUGCGAGGAACGAGGGGGGGCCGGGAAAGGUUUGGGGGGCUACGGGGGGUUGGGAAAAGCGGAGGAGAGGUACCAGUUACAGAGCGUGAUCCGUCCCAAUUCCAACCUGGAGGGGCCGGCGGCGUUGGAAUUGGCUCUUUUGAAAGAAAAGAAAAAACCCGAAAGAGCUAAAGAAUAUCGGGGGGCGGGAGGGGGGGCGGGAGGGGGGGGCGAGGGGUUGCCGGCCACCUCGGUGGUCCAUUACGGCCACCAACCCCCCGCCUUGGAUUCUUACGGGCAAGAGUUGAAAAAACCCGCCGAACACUUGGCUACCGGCAAGGAAUUGGGGCAACCUCACGCUUACCUGCCCAAGACCCCCGAACACGGGCGGUUGGUGGCCGAGGGUCCCCCCUUGGAACCCCACGGGCUUUUGUUAGACCCCCCCCCCGAAUUAGGACCGGUGGUUCCCGUAGCCGUCCCGGUCCCGGGCGGGUCCCUUCUCCCCUCCGUCCUUACCCACACCCAAAGUCAACUGCACCCCCCCCGUAGCAAGGGCAGACCCCCCCUCGACGUUCACCUCUUGGAACAACAACGGAUGCCGCCUCCCCCGCCGCCUCCUCCUCCUCCUCCUCCUCCUCCCGCCCCCCCGGCUCCCCCGGCCCCCCCGGCCGCUCCGUCGCCCCAGUUGCUCCUGGAAGCCCACCUCCAUCAAGCCCACGUCCGUUCGCAGGGUCUGGACCCCCAGGCCCCCCCGCCGUUACCCCCCGAACCGAUGGAAGUUUUACCGGCUCCUCAAGAAAUUCAAGAUUUUUUAGAACCUCCUUUGGGUUUAGAAUCGCAUUUAGGACAAACCGGGGGGGUUCAAGGACCCCCGGGUCAUCUCCUGGAUCCCGAGGGGGGGCCGUCGGUUGCCCCCGCUCCGUUGGAAGCCAAGGAUCAAUUUGCGGAAGGGGGGAGCCCGGCUGGGGCUAAAACUCGAUUCGUCCCCUUGACGUCCAUCUGCUUCCCCGACGCUUUGCUCCAGGACGAAGAUCGCGGGUUUUUUCCCGGCAUGGAAGACAUGUUCGGUCCCCCCCCCGAAGAUUUCCCUAAAAGCGCCGAGGAAGAGGAAGAAGAAGGAAACGGCGGGUUGGAACCUCGUCCCGAAGGGUUGAAGGCUCCUCCUUACGACAUGGGACAGAGUUACCCGGCUUUUUGUCCCGCCGACGGGGCCGCCGGCGAAGCCCCCCCGUUGGGUUUGGAACCCCCGAAACACGAACUCCCUUCCACCGUCAACGCCGAACCCUUGGGCUUAAUCCAGAGCACGGGCGAAGGGACCAAACCGUUGACCUCGCCUCUUUUUUGUUCUUCUAAACCCAAAAAACUCCUCAAAACUUCUUCUUUCCACCUCCUCCGCAAACGCGAUCCCUUCCCGCCCCCCAAAAAAAAUUACGCCCAAGAGUACGAGUUCGAGGACGACGAGGAUAAAGCCGACGUCCCCGCCGACAUCCGGCUCAACAGCCGGCGCCUUCCCGAUCUCCUGCCCGACCUCAUCUCCAGCUGCCGAGCCCGGCCCAGCCUCAGCCCCAUGGGUGACAUCGAUUUUUGUCCCCACCCCGGACCCCAUCCCGGACCUAAAAAACGAGGCCGAAAACCCACCAAACCCAAACGCGAGGGACCCCCCCGUCCCCGGGGACGUCCCCGUAUCCGACCGUUGGCAGAACCCCCCGGUUUUCUGACUCCCGACGGACCCAAAAAACCCCGAGGACGAGGACGGGGACGGGGCAAGAAGGGCGGUGAGGAAGGGGCUGAUGGCAACGGUCUCGAACCCCUCAAGCCCCUCAAGAUCAAGCUGGCGGUGCCCAAGGGCGGGGAGAUGCCGCUGCCGUCGGAAGGGGGUGCUCCCCCCGUCGUCGGGGUCCCCCCUCCGGGUCCGGACCCCCCCCCGGAUAACAGCCAGACGCGAGAACGCAUCAAACAGAAGAUCAAGGAGGUGGAGGAGAAACAACCGGAGAUGAAGUCGGGUUUCAUGGCUUCGUUCCUCGAUUUCCUCAAAUCCGGCAAACGCCAAACCCUUCCUCCCGCCGCCACCAGCCCUUCCAAGACCCCCCGAGUUCCUCCCGCCGCCCCUUUCGCCGUCGGCCCCCCGAUAUUAUCGGGGGGGUUGGAAGGGACGGAAGGGGAAGGUUUGGUGAUGGCUUGUCCGAGUCCUUGCAAACGUUUGGACGAGGAACUGAAGAGGAACCUGGAGACGUUGCCUUCGUUCUCCUCCGACGAGGAAGACUCCGUCAGCAAGAACCAGGACCUGCAGAAGAGCAUCUCCUCCGCCAUCUCCGCCCUCUACGACCCCGCCGACCGCAAGGACCCCGACCCCGCCGACGUCCCCCCGCCGGAGGAAAAACCGCCGAGCCCUUCGCCUUCGGAGACCUCCCCACCCGAUCCCCCGAUCCCGGCGACGUCGAUGACAUCUUCGGUAGCCCCGGAAUCUCCUCCGGUAGCCAAAAUCCCUUCGGAAACGGUGAUCCCCGCGUCCCCCGAACGGGAGGAACCCGAGGACUCGCGGCCGCUUCACCUGGCCAAGAAGCAGGAGACGGCGGCCGUGUGCGGCGACACCGACGAGGACGAGGCCGAGAGCGGCGGCGAGGGGAUCUUCCGCGAGAGGGACGAGUUCGUCGUCCGCGUGGAGGACAUCCAGGCGCUCAAGCUGGCGCUGCAGACGGGCCGGGAGCCCCCCCCGAUCUGGCGGGUGCAGAAGGCGCUGCUCCAGAAGUUCACCCCCGAGAUCAAGGACGGGCAGCGGCAGUUCUGCGCCACCAGCAACUACCUGGGGUACUUUGGGGACGCCAAGAACCGGUACCAGCGCCUCUACGUGAAGUUCCUGGAGAACGUCAACAAGAAGGAUUACGUGAGGGUCUGCUCCCGCAAGCCCUGGCACCGGCCCCUCGCUGCCGUCAGGAGGCAAAGCCAACCCAAAACCAGCGCCCCCAAAACUCCGGCCCCCCCAAAACCCGAAAAACCUGAUCCCCCCGAAAAACCCCCCAAAUCCGAACGCCCCGAAAAACUUCCUCGCCCCGAAAAACCUCCCAGGCCGGAAAAACCCCCCAAAACCGAGAAACCCCCCAAAACCGAAAAACCUGAACCCCCGACCCCCGCGCCGGCCGCGGGACCCCCCCGGGUACCCCCCGGCCCCCCCAAAUUUAAACCCAAGCCCCCCAAAGUCAAAGCGGAGCCGCCCCCCAAAAAAAGGAAAAAAUGGCUCAAAGAAGCGGCGACGUCGUCGGAGUCCGAGUCCAGCCCCGACCCCCAAAGCGAGGAGGAGCGGGCGCCGCCGGGGCGGGUGCUGAACACGCGGGCCAUGAAGGAGAUGUACCGCAGCUACGUGGAGAUGCUGGUCAGCACCGCCCUCGACCCCGACAUGAUCCAGGCGCUCGAGGACACCAACGAUGAGCUGUACCUGCCCCCCAUGCGCAAGAUCGACGGGAUCCUCAACGACCACAAGAAGAAGGUUCUCAAGCGGGUGACGCUCAACCCCUCCUUGCAGGAGGCCCUGCACACCUUCCCCCAGCUGCACGCCGAGCCCGGGGAGUCGCUGGUGAAGCUGCGCCCCGGGGGGGAACCCUACAACCGCAAAACCCUCAGCAAGGUCAAGAGGAGCGUGGGCAAACCCCAGGAGUUCAAGGUGGAGGUGGAGAAAUCCUUCUUCUACACGCUCUACCACUCGCUGCACCACUACAAGUACCACACCUUCCUGCGCUGCAAGGACGAGACGACGGCCAUCGAGGGGCAGGACGAGGACCUGGGGCAGGAGGAGGUGGUCCAGCAGUGCAUGCGCAACCAGGCCUGGCUCGAGCGGCUCUUCGACUCCUUCAGCGACCUCCUGGCCCAGGCCCAGACCAAGUGCGCCUGACCCGCCGCAGGGACCCCGGGGACGGGGGGGGGACACACACGUGGACACCCCCUCCCUGGGAUGGGGACACCCCCUUGGGUUGGGGACACCCCCCCCCGAAAUGGGGACACCCCCCCCCGAAAUGGGGACAUCUUCCCGGAUGGGGACACCCGCCUUGGAUUGGGGACACCCCCUGGGGAUGGGGACACCCCCCCCGAAAUGGGGACACCCCCUUGGGUUGGGGACAGCCCCCCCCCAAAAUGGGACACAUCCUUGGGGACAUCCCCCCCCCCCCCCGGGAUGGGGACAGACACCCCCCACCCCCCCCAGGAUUGGGGACCCCCCGCCAAGGAUUGGG